AUGCCGCCCCAGCGCGAUUGCCAUUGCAAGAACUGUUCCACCAAUCCCAGCAAACGCGCAAAAGACCAAAAACCGCAACCACAAAGACAAACGGCCAAGGUGUUCAAGAUCUCAGCCAGCGACAUCUUUCCCGUCUUCAAGCUUCCCGCUCGCAUCUUCACCAAAAUCCCAAUGCCGUCCUUCAUUCGUAUUGAGAAGUGUGACACCCCCAAACACUAUGAGCGAGGGUGGACUUAUGUUGAAACGCGACAUGGGCGACUUGUCAAAGUGCGGAACAAGAAGGAUGGUCAUGAUCUCCACCGUGGUGGUUGGAUCAAGACAAAGCCGAGAGAAAGAAUCGUGAAGGAAGUCCUCUUGGUCGAACGUGAUGAUGAACCCGAACACCGUGGACGACGAGUCGAGCCAUGCGGAGGUCAAGUGUUCAUCGAUGUUGCUACGGGAGCCACGAAACGCAAAGGAAGUGAAGACUCGGACGGAGCACAGCCACCAGCACCCCGGCCUGGGAUUCGAGUCCGUCGUCCUCUCAACGCACAUUCACCAUCACCCGGCCACUCGUACGAGCGAGUCAGGCCCGAGCGACGCCCAGCACGCGUGUUCGAGAAGAUCCCUGUCCAGCAAGCCCGUCUUGAGCGUGUUAGGCCUGUUCAAGUCAUGGAAGAAAGUACCUACUGUGACGACGACGAACAUGACUAUGUGUACGAAGAACAAUAUAAAUUAUUCGACAUGGAAACAAGAGAGCCUCGGCCAUACCACAUACCGGAACCGGAGAAUUCGUUCUGGGAUGACGAUCUGCAAGCUUGGAUGGUCCAGCGGAAGCCACGAGUGCGAUUUGAAUGA